AUGGCAGAUUCAGCAUUAACCGAAGAGGCGAUGGACACUUCAUCGCCAUCAUCUAUUCAAAACAUUAAAUCAUACGCUAUUGGGCAAGUGUUGGAGGCGCACAAGUCGGACACGAAGUCCCUUGCGCUCACAGAUUCGGGCACUUUGAUAUCGGGCGGUCGUGAUGAGACGGUGCAGUGGUGGGGUAAAAGAGCAGGAAAAUAUGUGAAAACGCUCGCAUUCACUCAACCAAAAACGCUCGUCGUCAAUUCUAUCGCUUACGCUGAUUUGGAAGACGGAUGGAGGCUUUUUGUCGGUAGAAAAGACGGAUCCAUCGCAGUUUAUGCAUCUGGAAGUCAAGAACCAGUCACAAUUUUCACGGAACACACUCAAAACGUUUGUUGUUUGCACGUCAACCAGAAAGCGACACAUAUGCUCAGUGGAUCCUGGGAUUCGAAUGUGAUCAUUUUCCCGAUUGCAGAGCUGAACAAGUCAAGUUUCACGGUACUGAAAUGCGUUGGUCACACUCUAUCCGUCUGGGCGCUUGCUUCAUUCCCCGAUCUUCCGGAUACUUAUCUGACCGCUUCUGCUGAUAAAACGAUUCGUUUGUGGAAUCGCAACGAAACUGCCGCCAUCUUCAAAGGACACACAGAUGUCGUUCGCGCUCUCGCAGUUCUCUCGAAGGAUCACUUCUUAUCAGCUGGAAACGAUGGACACAUUAUUCACUGGGACGUUGCAUCUGGCUCAGUUCUCGGAAAAUUUGCUACUUGUGCUCAUGACUUCAUCUACAGCAUGACUUUGAGCGACUCACACAUUUUGACGACUGGCGAGGACGGUACUUUGGAAUUCUGGGCUAUGCAUUCGAAAUCAGGCGGAAGGCUGACGAUUGCGUCGGAAGAAGUUAUCCAGAUGCCAUCAGCGUCGACUUGGGAUGCAAAAGUGCUCCCGAAUUCCGAUAUUGCAGUUGCCGGAAGUGAUGGAAGGAUCUAUAUCAUGUCGAAUGAUCCGGAGCGUCAAGCACCGCAAGAAGUCCGAGAUGCGUUCGAUGCAGAAGUCGUUUCGAAGAUGUCUACCAAGCUGGAACGUAUCCAGGAGGAUAAAGCUGAAGUUGUCACUAUCAAGGUGGAUGUGGACGACCGACCGACACAACUCGAUCUUCAUUAUCGAAAGGGCACCGAUCCAGGACUUUGUGCUCAAGAAUUCAUUCAAGAAAACCAUUUGCCCAUGCAUUAUCUGGAAGAGAUUACCAAGUUCAUCAAAGAACGAGUUCCAGAAGCACGUCUUUAUGAUAUCAAAACGGGUAAAAAGAUACAUGUUGACGGAGAGGAAUACGAUUAUGCUUUGAGUGUUAGCAUUGGAAAAGGAGAGAAAGAUAUGAAGAUGCCAUUCAACGUCAACGAGAGUCCGGAGUUCGCAGCUCAACGAUUUGUCGAGAGAAAGGGAUUGCCAGUCAGUGUGAUUCCGGCGUUGGCUGGAAUGAUUAGCCAGGAAAUGGACAAAUUGUCGAGAGGGGCAGGCGCCGCACAGGCUGGUUAUGAGGAUCCGUUCACUGGACCGGGAAGAUAUGUCCCUGGAGGUGCUUCAAACAAUGUCCAAAACGUUGCCGACCCGUUCACUGGGUCAGGACGAUACGUUCCAGGAGGAUCUCAUUCUGGAGGCGCUGACGGUGGUUUUUCUGGUGAUCCACUCACUGGUGAUGGUGGAUACCGUGCUUCCAAAGAGAACACCGGAGCCCACGCCGUCCCGCUCUCAUCGCUCCCUCAGGAUAAGAAGAAACCGAGAGGACCACUCGUACCGGUGCCUGAUUACUAUAUUAUUGGACUAGCUGGAAAAGGCGAGAAAGCGGUUGCGAAGUUGAAGGAGCUCAAUGAGAAGCAGGAUGCAUUGCAGUUGGGUCCAGAUCAAAUCAACUGUCUUGAGGAACUCUUCGUACUUUCACCGUCCUCGAACUAUUCCUCUGAUGUCGCCCAAUCCGCAUUUGAAACGGCUCUCCAAUGGCCUGUAGAGCACUUGGUGCCAGUUUUGGACUUCUUCCGAGUGGCACUCACUUAUAAAUCUCUCAAUUCAUACUUCUGCGAGGGAGAAAGAGGAAAAGAUCUCACUGAAAGAUUAAUUGCUAUUCUGGUUUCGGAUCCGACUGAUAUUCCACUGAAAAUUAUGGUUUGUCGAUGCAUUGGAAACGCAUUCGCACACCCAGCAGGUCGUCAACUGUUCGGAAUGAAUGAACUCUCCAUCUUGGUUCCAUUAGUGCUUCGACAAGUUCUCAGUGAUAAAGCAGUUCUCCAACAUUCUGCAGCGACUGCGCUCGCUAAUUGGUCACUGACACUGCUCCAGCAGUCGGAGAAGGUCGAGCAGUUGGGACCUAAAGAGGAUUACAUGAGAGCAAUCAUAUCGGGAAUCGAGACAGUGGACUCAUUUGGAUUUGUCAGCGAGGAUGCUAUCACCCGUCUUCUCCAAGCCAUCGUCACUGUGAUGUGGGGUGAUUCAUCGGUUAUUCGACUCGCCAAGAACCGAAAUCUCGCCGCUAUUGCCGCCCGUCUCAAGGAUGCUGCUCAAAGCGAUGCCUCCAAAAAUAUCGCUCGUGACAUUGUAGAAAUGACUUACUCGGUGUAA